ACGCCCAACCGUCCCGUUCCCGUACCACCAUUUCCUCUUCCUCGCCUGAGCCGCGAGCCUCUCCGUUCCGUUCCGCCGACGCUUCAGUCUCCUACUCUCCCCCCGACCCGCGUCGCCGCCGUCGCCGCCGUCGCCGUCCCCGUUCCUCCCCGCCGCGCCCCUGCCGUCUCCGCCCGCCCGGCCGUCCGCCCGCAGUCUCUCGAUUUCGAGGACCCGGCGCUCCCAUGGCAACACCCGACGAGCAUGCCGAUGCCGAGGGUCUGAUGGGAGAACAUGCUGAGAAGGAGCAUGCCGAUUUCAAGGCGAGGGUCAAGAGGACGAUAUACAUCGACCACCUCUCCCCUGUGGUUAGUCGCCAAGUUAUCCGAGCAGCUCUUUCCCAGUGUGCGAACGUUGUCAGCGUGGAGUUCAUUGAGAACUACACAAUCCCGUACGACAUCCCUGCCGCCGCGCUGGUGGAAUUGGACGACGAGUCGCAGGCCAAGUCUGCUGUGGACUUGAUGCGAGAUUUCCCCUUCAUAAUCGGUGGAAUGCCCAGGCCUGUCCGGGCUAGCUUGGCAAGGCCCGAAAUGUUUGCUGAUCGUCCUAGCCUGCCUGGCUCGAAGAUGGAGUUCCUUUGGCUGAAACAAGGAGAUCCGGAGUAUGAUGGGAUGAGCAAGCUGAAGAGCCUUGCUAAGAGGCAGGAAGCAGAGAACAUGGCGCUCAUCAAGAGUAUACUGGAGGAGGAGAAGGAACUGGCGGCUCAGCAGCAGAUAAUGCUUGACGCCAACUACUACAAGUACGACCUGCUCGAGAGUAUCGUGCAAAACGGGACCAUCAAGAACCUCGCUGGCCAUUAUAGGGUCAACUUGUUCGACAGCUGAUCAUUUUUUACAGUCUAUGAAAUGGCUUCAGAGAUUGCAGUCCCUGGUGCAAGCUAGUUCCAUUCCACUCGUAAAAAUGCGUGGUAGUGACAACCCAUCGACUAGUGUGAUGCAGCCGCGCUCUACUUGUGGUCAGCUGCGUCUUCUUCUGUGUAAAAGUGGGUUCUUAUGUAGUGUGACGGCUUAGAUUAUCACGUAAUCUUCGUAUGAUGUCAGUUUAACAUCGCAUCAAGAUAAUGCAAUGAUGUCUGAUAUUGUCUUGUGUAUUA